AUGGAAAAUAACUACCAAUGGACCCAGCAGCAGCAGCAGCAGCAGCUCGACUACCAACCUCCCCCUCCCCCGCACGAACAAGGAGAGAUCGACGUCGCCGCCGCCGCCAUGUCCUCGUCGGCCGCCGUCAUCUCCGCCGACGACGGCUCCGCCCUCGAGCCGACGCUCCAGUCGCUGCUCGACCAGCGCUCGCUCCGCUGGAUCUUCGUCGGCGGCAAGGGCGGCGUCGGCAAGACGACGACGUCGUGCUCCCUCGCCAUACAGCUCGCCCGCGUCCGCCGCUCCGUCUUGCUCAUCAGCACCGACCCGGCCCACAACCUGUCCGACGCCUUUUCGCAAAAGUUUGGCAAGGAGGCCCGCCUCGUCCAUGGCUUCGACAACCUCAGCGCCAUGGAGAUCGACCCCAACGGCAGCAUGCAGGAUCUGCUCGCCGGUCAGGGCGAGGAUGCCGACGACGCCAGUCCCAUGGGCGGCGCUGGCAUUGGGGGCAUGAUGCAGGACUUGGCCUUUGCGAUCCCUGGCAUCGACGAGGCCAUGUCCUUUGCAGAGGUGCUCAAACAAGUCAAAUCCCUCUCCUACGAAACAAUCAUCUUCGACACCGCUCCGACCGGCCACACCCUCCGCUUCCUCCAAUUCCCCUCUGUCCUCGAAAAAGCCCUCGCAAAAGUCUCCCAGCUCUCGUCUCAAUACGGGCCACUGCUCAACGGCUUCCUCGGCUCCAACGGCGCGCUGCCCAACGGCCAGAACCUCAACGACAUGAUGGAGAAGCUCGAGUCGCUGCGCGAGACAAUCUCAGAGGUCAACACGCAGUUCAAGGACGCCCAACUCACCACCUUUGUCUGCGUCUGCAUCGCAGAGUUUCUCUCCUUGUACGAGACGGAGCGCAUGAUCCAGGAGCUCGCCAGCUACGGCAUCGACACUCACUGCAUCGUCGUUAAUCAGCUCCUCUUCCCCAAAAAAGCUAGUGACUGCGAGCAGUGCAAUGCCCGCCGCAAGAUGCAGAAGAAGUACCUCGACCAGUACGAGGAACUCUACGCCGAGGACUUCAACGUCGCAAAGAUGCCCCUGCUCGUCGACGAGGUCCGCGGCAAGGAAAAGUUGGAAAAGUUUAGCGAGCUCUUGAUUCGUCCCUACGUUCCCCCGGAGUGA